AUGUCGCAGGUCGAAAAGAAGGAAGAACUUAAUAAUAUCGUUAGCAUUCGAAGUGUUACUUCUCACUUGCAGUUAGAGGAUCAUGAAGUCGACUUGAGAGCAAUUACUUCUAACCCAGUCUCUAUUGGUGAGAUUGGUGUUUCGCUUACAGAUGAGCAGAAGCAUUUCAUCUUGAAGAGACUUCAUCUCAACGGUCUAGAGUCCUUUGAACAAUUACCUCCUCAGGCUGCCUUUUAUAUCGACAAGAUUGAGAAAAUGGGAGAAGAUGAAGCAUUGACAAUCGUGAAAGAAGCUCUUGUUGAGCAUCAUGACGACGCCAAUAUCCCAGUCGAAGACAUAGAAUUGUGGACUAACCUUGUUGAAAUUGGAAAUUCUAAGACUUCUGUGUCUGAAGGUGGUAAAUACGAAGAUUUCACCCACAAUGUGGUCGAUUGGGACUUGCAAGUUAGAUUGGAGGCCGUUUUGGUUGCUUACCACUCACCUUACCCUCAAGUAAGAGCGGUUACCGAUCCUUAUGACGAUCAUACUAUUCCAGUCGAAACUUUCAGGGUCUAUCUUCUUGGAAUUAUUUGGACUGCCAUUGGUGCAGUAAUUAAUCAGUUCUUUGCUGAAAGGCAACCUGGUAUUUAUUUGGACCCAACUGUUGUUCAAGUGUUGCUUUAUCCUAGUGGUAUGUUGUUGGAAUAUAUCUUGCCAAAGUUCAAGUUCAAGAUUUGGAAAUACAGUAUUGACCUCAACCCAGGUCCUUGGAAUUACAAGGAGCAGAUGUUAGCAACACUCUUCUAUUCUGUUGCAGGAGGUGGUGCCAGUUACGUUUCAUACAACAUUCAUGUUCAAAAGAUGAAGGUGUUCUACGAUAACAAAUGGGUUAAUUUUGGUUAUGAAACCUUAUUAAUUUUGUCUAAUAACUUCUUGGGAUUUGGGUUCGCUGGUGUUUUUAGAAGAUUUGCUGUAUAUCCAACUGAAGCUAUCUGGCCAACAGUGUUACCUACUCUCGCCUUGAACAGAGCUUUGAUGGUGCCAGAAAAGAAAGAGAUUAUUAACGGUUGGAAGAUUCCAAGAUACACAUACUUUUUCAUUCUCUUUGCGGCAUCCUUUGUCUAUUUUUGGGUUCCUGAUUACCUUUUCUAUGCCUUGUCUGUCUUCAACUGGAUGACAUGGAUUAAGCCUUACAAUUUCAAUUUAGCUGCCAUCACUGGAAGUAACUUUGGUUUGGGAUUAAACCCAAUUCCUACCUUCGACUGGAAUAUGAUUAGUUUUAACGCACCAUUGAUUUUUCCAUUCUACACCCAACUUAACACUUAUAUCGGUGCUUUAAUAGGGUUUUUUGCAAUCGUUGGUGUAUACUGGACCAAUUACAAAUGGACAGGCUUCCUCCCAAUCAACUCUUCGUCCAUAUUCACAAAUACUGGUGACUACUAUGCUGUUACGGAGAUCCUCAAUGAGAAAAGUUUGCUUGAUGAAAAAAAGUAUCAGGAGUACGGACCACCAUUCUACUCCGCAGGAAACUUAGUUCUUUAUGGUGCCUUCUUUGCUAUCUACCCUUUUUCUAUUGUUUAUGAAAUCGGUACCAGAUAUAAACAAACUUGGAGAGCACUCAAAAGUCUUUACCAAAGUUUCAGAAACUUUAAGAGAUCUACAUAUGAAGGUUACACUGACCCACACUCCACUAUGAUGAGAGCUUAUAAGGAAGUCCCAGAUUGGGUAUUCUUGGUAGUUUUAGUGAUUUCUCUUGUGUUGGCUAUUAUUUGUGUCGAAAUCUACCCUGCUGAAACUCCUGUUUGGGGUAUUUUCUUUGCCUUGGGUAUCAACUUUGUUUUUUUAAUUCCAAUAACUGCAGUUUACUCCAGAACUGGUUUUAGUUUUGGACUCAAUGUCUUGGUUGAAUUGAUUGUUGGUUAUGCUCUUCCCGGUAACGGUCUUGCUUUGAACUUUAUCAAGGCGUUUGGUUACAACAUUGACGGUCAGGCACAAAACUAUAUCACUGACCAAAAGAUGGCUCACUACUCCAAGGUUCCUCCAAGAGCUUUGUUCAGAGUUCAAAUUAUUGGUGUCUUUAUUGCCUCGUUCGUUCAACUUGGUAUAAUUAAUUUCGUUAUUGACAAUAUUAAAGACUAUUGUGAGCCAUACAACACACAGAGAUUCACUUGUCCAAACUCUAGAGUCUUUUACAGUGCUUCUAUUCUUUGGGGUGUUAUCGGACCCAAGAAGGUCUUCAACGGAUUAUACCCAAUUUUGCAAUACUGUUUCUUAAUUGGAUUUUUGUUGGCUAUUCCUGCAAUCGCGUUCAAAAAGUACGCUCCAAUUAAGUACACCAAGUACUUUGAACCUACAGUAGUAAUCGGUGGUAUGUUGAAUUAUGCUCCUUACAAUCUUUCCUACUUGACAGGUUCAUUUUAUGCUUCCUUUGCCUUUAUGUAUUACAUUAAGAACAAGUACCAGGCAUGGUGGUAUAAAUACAACUAUCUCACAACUGCAGGAUUGACUGCUGGUGUGGCUUUUUCUUCUAUCAUCAUUUUCUUUGCCGUUGAGUACCACGACAAGAGUAUUUCAUGGUGGGGUAACAACGUUAUAUAUGGUGGUAUCGAAGGUGGUUUGGGUCAACAGUCAAGAUUGAAUGCUACCGCAGAAGCUCCAGAUGGUUAUUUCGGUCCAAGAAGAGGAAACUUCCCAUAA